GCCAUUAUUAUCUCUUCCAAUAACUAAAUAAAUAAAAUCUAAAAAACAAAGCAAUUAUCUUGCUGCUAGAGAUAGAGAAACUCACAAGAGUCCCCAUAAACGGAAGCAGACAGCUUUGCCGCCACUUAUUUUAAGUUUCCACUACUGUUUUCAAUGGCCGUCUCUGCUCCUUCAUUUGCAUCCCUUACCUCACUAAGUUUUAUCUCCCCUUCUUCUUCUUUGAGUCCAGUGAAGUUUAAUCACCAUCGCUUGAUAAAGGGUAAGCGAAGCUCAAAUGGACGGUUGGUGAUUAAUUGCUCUUCUGAAAUGGGUCCGACUUCAGACCCCAUAAAUCUAAGGCAGCCUCAAAUGUCAUCAGUGGCUCCCUUUGGGGUGACAAUGAAUGAGCAAUCUUAUAGAUGGCAAAGGGUUUUGCUUAAAGUAAGUGGAGAAGCACUUGCAGGAGACCAAAUGCAGAAUAUUGACCCUAAGGUUACAAUGGCGAUUGCAAGGGAGGUUGCAACUGUGACACGCCUUGGCAUCGAGGUUGCAAUUGUUGUUGGUGGGGGGAAUAUCUUCCGUGGAUCUUCAUGGGCAGGAUGCAGUGGUCUUGACCGGUCAUCAGCUGAUUACAUUGGGAUGCUGGCAACUGUCAUGAAUGCUAUAUUUCUUCAAGCAACAAUGGAGAGUAUUGGCAUCCCAACAAGGGUUCAAACUGCAUUUCGCAUGUCAGAGGUUGCAGAACCAUAUAUCCGUAGAAGGGCCGUAAGGCAUUUGGAAAAAGGAAGGGUUGUGAUUUUUGCAGCUGGAACUGGAAAUCCAUUUUUCACCACAGAUACUGCUGCAGCACUACGUUGUGCAGAAAUUAAUGCACAGGUUGUGUUGAAAGCUACAAAUGUUGAUGGAGUUUAUGAUGAUGAUCCAAAGCGUAAUCCAAAUGCUCGUCUUCUUGAAGAUCUAACUUACCAUGAGGUGACUUCAAAAGAUCUUUCAGUGAUGGACAUGACUGCCAUUACUUUGUGCCAAGAAAAUAAUAUUCCAGUUGUUGUCUUCAAUCUAUCCAAACCGGGUAACAUUGCAAAAGCAAUAAAGGGAGAAAGGGUUGGCACGUUGAUUGGAGGGACAUGCAAUUCAACAGUAGCAAGGACAUGAUGAUUACUUCCAUUUGUUUGCUGCUUCAACUAUUGUAGCUUAGGAUUUUAGAUUAGAGGCUACUUGCUCCUUGUGCAAACAGCUUAUUCGUUGGAAGCAUCUCGGAGCUUGCAUUGGAAGUUAGAAGAUAAAAGCAUGCCAGGGUUGAAACCAAAACAUCAUCAAAAUUUGCCAGCUGAGGUACCUACUAAAGUUAAUUUUGUAAAUAAUUUUGUCAAAUAUUGGAUUCUUUUGAACUGCAUUGUAUUUUUGACGGUGAAAAUUUUGUUGCAGUGUUGGUCAAGCAACUUAUUCUUAUUCA